AUGAGUUUCAUCCCAGAGUUAGCAGGAGCUUUGAUCCCAGGCAUUCUGGGUGGCGGCAGUGGCGGCGGCGGUGGCGGCGGCGGUGACGAAAACACCAACACGGCCGACGCCACUGCCACCGCCGAAUCAUCGAACUCGCAAUCUGCCACAACCGGGGAUAACACCAACACGACUCAAGGCGGAUCGGGCGGAGCAGGUGGAAAUGCAGCUGGGGGAAAUUCAACUUCAGGAGGAGGAACUUCCACUGCAGGAGGGGGUACGAGCGAUAGUACCGGAAACGCGGUUGGGCCUGUGGGAGCCAGUGGAAACAGUGUCAGCGGCGUCAGCGGCGGCACCAGCACAGGCGGAAACACCACACUCGGCAACAUCUCUGGUGGUUCUGGCGGAAGCAUAGGGAAUGUCGCAGGUGGAAGCACCGGGCCUAUCAACAACGACAAUGAUUUCGACCCUGAGAAUGACAACGAAUUCAACCCUGAGUUUAACCCGACUUUCACGGUCAAUCUGCAAGGCCUGGAGGAUUGUGGAGAUUAUCAUCAGGGCGGCGGCGAUGGCCAUCACAAUCAGCACGGGCAAAUGCAGCAAAUGCACGGACAAAUGCAGCAAAUGCACGGACAAAUGCAGGAGCAAAUGCAACAAAUGCACGGACACGGCAUGGGAGGACAAGAGCAGUAUGGUGACGAUGACCCGUACGACGAGCAAUACCCCCAAGGGGAGGAAGACCCAUCACAAAUGGGCCAUUCUUCCAUGCAUGGGAGCUAUCCCGGUAUGCAAGGCACACAGGCCAGUGCCUCCUCUAUGAUGGGAGCGCACCCCGAUAUGCAAGGAAUGCAGAACUAUUCCAUGGGAGAACAAGACUCAUUCGAUCCGCACAGCGAACAGGGGGCCUCUGCUGUGGGAGGGAACUACUCCGAUCUGCAUGCAACUCAAGGAACUGCUGCCUCUCAUAGUAUGGCAUAUGACCACAACAUGGUACAUGACCCUCACAGUAUGGCAUAUGCCGCUGGUGGCAUGGGAGGCUCAGGAGAAGAUGAAGGAUACGAAAAUUAUGGAGAAGAGCCAGGAGAGGAAGGCAUGGAAGAAGGUCAUCCACAAGAGCAAGAAGACGACGGCAGCGGAUACCAAUAUGACCACAACUACCCACAGCAAAGCCAGGCGGUGUAUUAA